UGAUUUUAAAUUUGAGGACGAGUGGAUUAAGGAUUACAAACCAACUCUUUCCAUGCGGAAUCCUAAGACUCAACAAAAUUUUAUUGAUUUGAUGGAUUUAUUAUUUAAUGCUCCAGAUUAUGUAGAAUGGUUUGAAAAGGAGACUGGUAGUAAAUAUGUUAAUUUCUAUUCAACUCGUAGUUGUGUGGAAAAUAAUAAAAAUAAAUAUUAUUGUGCCCAAAAGGAGAGCGAGGUAAUUUUUUUAAGAUCUACACGAAACUCGAAAAAAUUUUUCACGUAA